CCUUAUGAUAAUGUAUAAAUUUUAUAGGUACAGAUAUAUUAUGCUCAAAUUUGAUUUUUGAAGAAAAAAAACCUGAUAAUUACUGUAGUCAGUAAAAUAAGUGUAAAUAAAAAAAAAACUGACAGUUAAAAGAAUCGACCAAAUCAAAUUAACGAAUACUAGGAAUCAACCUUUCCAAACUAUAAACUAAGUUUAUACAUUCACUUCAAAUUAGAUAUAUUCAUGAUUUUAAUAAUCUUCUGAACAAAUCUUUAGUACUUUAGUCCCAUAUAGUUUUACAAGUGGUAUUAUAAUAAUGUUGAACCUUGCUGUUUUUGCAGAUGUAUAUAACACAUCUUUGGAAGACUGUUGCACUGGGGAGAAAAAAUGGAUAUGUCCAGAUAAAGGGUGCCAAAAGGUGCUCUCAACUAAGUUCACAUUGAAAACACAUAUUCAAAGUUUUCAUCAUUCACUUUGGAAAACAAUAGACUACGCUGUACCUGCUAAAAAGUACAAACUUUAUGAAGUAGACUCUUCAAUACCAGUACCACGAAGCACAUAUUAUGCAAAGAAAAGAAAAUUUGAAGCACUUUAUAUGAGAGAUGAUCCAACUGUUAUUGCCAACAAAAAUCAAGAACCAAGUGAUUCUGAAAAUAGCAUUUACCCCCACACAUUGGCAAAUGUUCAGCAUGCUGAGAUAUUUUAUUCUGUUGAAACAAUUGAAAGAUAUGGAGAUAGCGGUGAUGAGGAAAAUGUAAAUGCAUCCACAAGUGACAUGAGUAUAUCUGAUGAUGACACAAAUUCUGAGUCAAAUGAAGACGAAAAUACUGAAAGUGAUGCAACAGUUGACAUAUGUAUACCGGCGAAUGAAUUAAAUAAUAGUGGACCACCAUUGUAUGUAUUGCCUGCACAUAAUGAUACAUACUUAAGUCGAAUUACACUCUCUGAACAUGCCCUUGGACUGGGUGCUAUUGCCACUCGACACAAUCUUUCAAAUACUGCAAUUCAUGAUAUUUUGAAGUUAAUUCAACUGCAUUUGCCACAAGAAAAUAUAGGACUGACAUCAAUAAGCUCUCUGCAGGAUCUUUGUGGAUUUAACAAAGAUUACUUACAGCAUCAUAUCUAUUGUGAAGUGUGUAAUAAAUUAUUCACCGGUGAUGAAGAAAGCUGUGCUACACCAGGAUGCCAUAGCAAUAAUGAGAACAAAAAGUAUUUUGUUAAAAGUGAUAUCAAAAUGCAAUUCAAAGAAAUCAUGGAGAGGCCUGAAACUUGGCAAUCUAUUCAGGAGAGCUAUUGUCUUCAAAAUUCACAUGUUAUAUCCGACAUAAAAUCUGGAACUGCAUACAAGAAACUCAAAGAACCAGGUGGAUUUUUGUAUCAAUCAACUAAUAUUACAUUAACAAUGUUUACAGAUGGUGUUGCUUUAUUCAAAAGUUCUUCAGUGUCUUUAUGGCCAAUAUAUUUACUAAUCAAUGAAAUUCCUCCAAAAGAACGUUUUCAGAAAAAAAACAUGAUUCUUUGGGGUAUCUGGCAAGGUGUGGGUAAACCAAAGAUGCUUAUGUAUCUAAAGCCAUUUGUUCUAGACCUUUUAGAUCUGUAUAAUGAUGGAUUUAAUUUCACAACAGUAGAUAAUGAAAUUAAUUGUAAAGCAAUGCUUAUAAUUGCUACAAUGGAUCUACAAGCAAGAGCCUAUGUUUUCAACAUGACACAGCACAAUGGGGAAAAUGGUUGCAUGUUUUGCAGUGAACCUGGGGAAACGGUACGCUCUGGAGCUGGUUACUGCAGAGCAUAUCCAUUCAAAGAAGCCGAAGCUCUACGUACAGAAGACGAAAUUCGACAAUGUGCUAAACAGGCUCGAACCUUGAACAAACGGGUUGCUGGGUUCUAUGGGGAAUGUGCUAUGAUGUACCUGCCAUACUUCAAGUUAUCUGAAAAUGUAGUUAUUGAUUAUAUGCAUGGGAUUCUACUUGGUGUGUCCAAAAAGCUCUUAGAACUUUGGUUUGAUAGCAAGCAUUCUAAAGAGGAUUUUUAUAUUGGAAAUAAUAUGAAACAAGUUGAUAAGCAUCUUUCAAAAAUUAACCCACCUUAUUUCAUCCACAGAAAGCCACGACAAAUCUGCAACAAUUACCAUCACUGGAAAGCUUCUGAAAUUCGAAACUGGCUUUUGUUUUAUGCCAUUCCAUGCCUGAACGGUAUACUUAAAGAGCCAUUCUUAACCCACUUUAGCUGCCUUGUAGAGGGAACAUACAUACUCCUACAGGAAGGCAUUACACCCGAUGAUCUUCAGCGGUCAAACACUCUGUUAAAGGCAUUUGUCAAGAAUGUCCAACAUCUGUAUGGUGUUCAAUACAUGAGUAUGAAUGUACACAACAUUUUACAUCUUCCAGCAAUGGUGAAAAAGUGGGGGCCCCUAUGGGGAUGGUCAUGUUUCCCCUUUGAAUCAUAUAAUGGAGAUAUCAUAGCAUGUGUUCAUGGCAAAGGCAAUGUAUGCAAAGAUGUCUUCUGGCAUCUUCAGGCACAAAAAAGAGUUAACUUAAAAGUAAAAGAUCUCCCAAGCGGUUCUCCCACAGUGCAAUUUGUAGAAAAGAUGUUUGAAGGCAAAUUGCAUGGAGAAUCUAAUAAUGCAAUGCAAUGUACUGUGAUAAAGCAAAUUGCUGCAAAAACUCUAGAUACAAUGGAAAGAGAAUACUUAGAAAGAUAUGUUGGUACAAGUGAGAUUAGGGAGUACAUGACAUGCAAUAAAAUUAUCAGAAAUGGGUUUGUCAUGUAUAGCAUGAAUUGUUCUAAAAUAAAAAAACAAAAUUCCUACACAAUACUGCUUGAUGUUGUUGAAGAUAAAGGGCACAGACAGGCAAUAGAGGUUAGCAAGUUCAUUAUUCACCAACCUUCAAAAUCUGUAUUUGCCGUAGGACAUCAAUUGGUAGCCAAGGACACAAUUCUCAAAAAUCGGGUCCCUCAUAUUUGGAUUUAUGAAAGGAGGAACAAGACAAUUUUUAGAGUAAAGAGACUGCAAGAACCACUUAUUGUGAUGAAUGUUGCAGGGUACAUUUAUUGUGCAAGGUUUCCUAACAAUCAAGAAACAGAUUGAAGCACUCAUGACACUGAGCAUAAAUGUAUUUUGCAAAUAACUUUUUAACAGGGACAUGUACAUGUAUAUACAUAAUACUUAUAAAGUACUGAUAUCACAGUUUUAUUUUGUGUAUUUAAAAAGUGCUUACUUGGCAGACUGUUACAUUUAUGUGCUGGCAAGCAAGUCCACGUGAUUAAGUGAUUUUUUUUCAUGCUGUUUAAAGUGAUAUUUUCUUGGUCUUCAUGUAUAUUUUAUAAAUUCCAUAUAUAAAUUGUGUUUUAUUCUUAUAUCUUUAACCCUGAAAAUAGUUUCAUUAUAGAAAAAAGAUUAUACAUGACUUAACUUAAUUUGGAGGACUAGUUUAUCUUAAGUGAAGUAAAUGCUGAAAUUAGUUGAAAAUUUUCUAAGUCCAAAAUCAGCUGAAAAUUUUCUAAGUCCAGAACAUUCACAAAAAUGACUAAGUGUUUUCCAGAGUACAACUCCUUGAAAAAUUUCUAAGUGUUGACUUUCCAGAGUUUCCGGAGGUGUUUCAUGGAGAUACUCUUUGAUGGUAAAAUCAUGUUCCAGAGUUCUCCAUGAAAAUUUUUCCAGAGUACUCUGGAAUUACUGUGGAAAAAAGCUGGUUUCCAUGAAAAUUCACGGAAAUUCAUGGAAAUUCUGUUAUUUUCCAGAGUUUUUCCAGAGUAACUCUGGAAAAUCUACA